AUGCGAUCCCAACGCAACUGGGCAGAGUUGAUCCCGCAUCAACUCACUUCUCCUCGGCCUGCCAGGCCACCAAGACCCCGCCGCCGAUACAGACCGCAGACCCCAGAGAGGACCUUGGAUGCCCAGGACAUUGUGGACGACGACUGCCUCACCUUACCGGACUUGGGUAGCAGCAAUAUACUAGUUUAUCUCUGGAAUGCUUCCGAUGGCUCUACCUCAGAACUUGUCACCAUCGACCAUGAAAACGGCCCAGUCACCAGUGUCUGUUGGGCCCCAGAUGGUGACAAAAUUGCCGUUGGAUUGAACAAUUCUGAAGUGCAACUGUGGGAUUUGACUCGUAGUAGUCUGCUAACGACUUUGAGAGGUGGCCACACAUCUCGGGUUGGGUCUCUGGCAUGGAACAAUCACAUCCUUACAACAGGAGGAAUGGAUGGACGGAUCGUGAAUAGUGUAAUUACGAGAGUGGGAUCUCCCAUUGUUGAUACCUACAGGGGUCACACCCUGGAGGUUUGUGGGUUGAAAUGGUCAGCAUCCGGAAAGCAAUUAGCUAGUGGAGGGACUGAUUACAUCCUCCGCAUUUGGGAAAUGUUCGUGGCAUCUUCACUUCACCGGCUCGAAGAGCACAGAGACACUGUUAAAGCCCUUGCCUGGUGUCCCUUCCAGGGGGAUUUGCUGGCUUCCGGUGGAGGUGAUCGGACCAUAAUGUUUUGGGACAUCCACAUUGGUGCGUGCUUAGACUCUCUGUAUUCUGGUUCCCAGGUCUGUGCUCUUCUAUGGAACAAGAAUGAGAGAGAGUUGCUUAGCUCUCAUGGAUUUACUCGCAAUCAGCUCACUCUCUGGAAGUACCCUUCAAUGGUAACGAUUGCAGAGCUGACUGGUCAUAAUUCUAGAGUGCUUUUCAUGGCCCAGAGUCCGGAUGGUCGCACUGUAGCAUCGGCAGCAGGGGAUGAAAAGCUGAUGCUUUGGAACGUGUUUGGUCUUCUGGAGCUGGCUAAACCAGCUCCAAAAGCUAAUCCGGAGCCUUUUGCUUGCUCGAAUGGCAUUCGUUGAAGGACUUCAAGAGAUGCCCGACAAUGGGAUUGACAAGACAAGAAGACCAUCACAUCGUCCAAGUAUUGUGGAUUAAAGACAAUGCAUACAUA